AUGACUUGCUGCUGUUGCAAAGUUUCCGCUAUUUUAAUGUAUUAAAAUCCAGGAUCCUAAAUAACCAGCCCUCCCAACCCGCUCCCCCUUCUAGGUAGGCGAGAGAGAUUUUUAUUCUGUGGACUAGCAAACUUCCUGCAUGGAAAUUUACUGACUUAAGUGGUCUCCGUUUUGGGCUAAGGGGGAGGGAAGGAUUUUUUUUUUAUCGCACUUUAAUUUUAUUUCUCUGGAUCACAGGAUUUUUGGAGCUAUAUGGAGGGAUCUCAGGAUGGUUUGCACCAGGAAAACCAAAACUUUAGUGUCCACUUGCGUGAUCUUGAGUGGAAUGACUAACAUCAUCUGCCUGCUCUACGUGGGCUGGGUCACCAACUACAUUGCCAGUGUCUAUGUGAAAGUGCAGGAGCCGAUCUCAGAGAAAAAGUUAGAGGAAGACAAAGGGGACACUUUAAGGAUUAUAGAAAGGCUGGAUCACUUGGAAAAUGUCAUCAAGCAGCACAUACAAGAAGCUCCACCAAAGCUGGAAGAAAAUCCUGCAGAAGCUUUCACUGACUCAUCCCUCUUUGCUCACUGGGGCCAGGACCUCAGUCCUGAAAACCGACGCAUUGCCCUUAAACAAUUUCAGUAUUAUGGGUACAAUGCUUACUUGAGUGAUCGCCUACCAUUGGAUAGGCCACUACCUGACCUGAGGCCUAAUGAGUGCAGAAACCUCACAUUUCCCAACAGCCUUCCUGAGGUCAGCGUUGUUUUCAUAUUUGUUAAUGAAGCACUCUCAGUGAUUCUGCGCUCCAUUCAUUCUGCCAUUGACCGGACUCCUCCUCACCUGCUCAAAGAAAUUGUCUUAGUGGAUGAUAACAGUAAUAAUGAAGAACUCAAGGAGAAACUAAAAGAGUAUGUUGACGAGGUGAAUAUGCGGAAGCCUGGAUUCAUCAAGGUGGUCCGACACAGCAAGCAAGAGGGGCUGAUCCGGUCUCGAGUUAGCGGAUGGAGAGCUGCCACAGCACCGGUUGUUGCGCUCUUUGAUGCUCAUGUGGAAUUCAACGUGGGAUGGGCUGAACCAGUGCUCACGAGGAUAAAGGAAAACAGAAAAAGGGUCAUUUCUCCAUCAUUUGACAACAUCAAAUAUGAUAAUUUUGAAAUAGAGGAAUACCCCCUAUCUGCGCAGGGGUUUGACUGGGAACUGUGGUGUCGAUAUCUGAAUCCUCCAAAAUCAUGGUGGAAGCUGGAAAACUCAACUGCUCCGAUAAGAAGCCCUGCACUGAUUGGCUGCUUCAUAGUAGACAGGGAGUACUUCCAAGAGAUUGGCUUACUAGAUGAAGGCAUGGAGGUCUAUGGAGGAGAGAACGUGGAGCUUGGGAUCAGGGUAUGGCAAUGUGGAGGUAGUGUUGAGGUGCUGCCUUGCUCCAGGAUUGCCCAUAUUGAGAGAGCCCAUAAGCCGUACACAGAAGACCUCACUGCUCAUGUCCGAAGGAAUGCGCUAAGAGUGGCCGAAGUCUGGAUGGAUGAAUUUAAAAGCCAUGUUUACAUGGCAUGGAAUAUACCCCAAGAGGAUUCUGGAAUUGACAUUGGUGAUAUUUCUGAGAGGAAGGCCCUGAGGAAAAAACUGCAAUGCAAGACCUUUAGGUGGUACCUUGUCAGUGUGUAUCCAGAAAUGAGAAUGUACUCAGACACUAUCGCCUAUGGGGUGCUGCAGAAUUCCCUGAAAAGUGAUUUGUGCCUUGAUCAGGGGCCAGACACAGAAAAUAUUCCAAUCAUGUAUAUCUGCCAUGGAAUGACACCACAGAUUGAGCCUUGUGCUGAAGUCUAUACUGUAACUCAGGCAAAGACCUUAGUGACAAGGUGAGGAAUGCAAGAUUAUUGAUCCUGCUGUGGUUUUAUCUGAUCAGCAAUUCUGGGGCCAAGUGAGCUCUCUUUGGAAUCUCUUCCCAAGGGAUUGGCUGGGUUCAAGACAUUUAAUGUUGUUAUUGUUUAUUGCCACUGGUUCUCAAAGAAAUGUACCAAACAUGAGGUUUUUGGGUGUGUCUCUGGUGGGUGUGUCCACUUCACCCCAAUCCCGCUGUGAUGUUACACCCUAUAGUCUCCAUAGAAAUAUGGUUAUGAUAUUAAUAUGACAUAACUAAGAUAUACUUUAUGUAUGGUGGCUUAUGAAAGAUAUCAUUGGAAAGGUUAUGAUUUACUGAAUGUGAUUAACCAAUUAGUAUGCAUGUAUCAUUUCUGUAUCUGAAGUUAGUAAUAUUGACUCUGUAACAAUUACAACUGUGUGUGUACUUGGGGAAACGCGGACCAGAAAGUAAGCAAUCAGCCUUAAUGGGCCAUUAGAAAAAGACAAUGAGUCUUUGAAGAUGUGGAUCUCCCAUCUGCCUGGAGUUCCUUCCUGUGGACAUUACAAAUGAACCUGGUGUCAUAGUUGCUUUGACACUGCAAGGUCAAGUGAUAAGAUCAGAUGAUACAAAAUACCACCUUGGACACUGCUGCUGCUUUUCUUCUGUAGGGGGAUGGGGAUCAAACAAAGGUUUCCUGUCUUAGGUAAAUCCUUUUUAAGGCUGGGGAGGGGGUUAAUCUUGAUUCUCCUCCAUUGUCUACCCAAGAAGAAAGACUGCUGAAAGUACCCGAGGGGAAAGGCAGAGAUGUGUCCAGACUGAGACAGAGGUCGAGUCUGUAAGAAGAAAUAACUGGAACUCUAAGCCACAGAAACUCAUCAACUUGCUUAAAACAACAUUUAGGGUGAGAAAUUAUUUCUUGAAACCAAUCUCUUUAAGAUUUUAAGCUUAGUUUGCAUGUUUUGUUUUAUUCGCUUAGUAAUCUGCUUUGUUCUGUUUGCUGUCCCUUAUAAUCACUUAA